AUGAAGCUGAUCCUACCCAAACCUUCCUCGGGCGUGCUGACCCCGUCCCCCUCGAUGCCCAACAAACGGAAACUGGUGACUGGAGAAUAUUCUUCCAAGCGGUCGAGAUCGACGCUGAGCCCACCGCCAAAUCACUCGACUCUCAAAAAGGAGUCCUCUGCCAUGGACAAGAUUUCUGCUCUGCAAGCGGCCAAAAACAGCCGGCCCGUGACGCUGUGUACAUUUUGCCGGCAACACAAGAUCAAAUGCAACGCGCUGGACAACUUCCCCAACCCGUGCACGAGGUGCAACAAGAUGGGGUUGAAGUGUGAGAUCGACCCGCAGUUCAAACCGAAGAAGGGCUCGCAGAUUCAGAUGUUGAUUGGCGACGUGGAGGAGUUGAAGCUGAAGAUCGAGAUGCUCUCCAGAAAUGAACACUUGUUGACUCAGGCGUUGAACCAGCAUAACCAUUUCAUGCUGCAUGGUGGGGGUCAGUCGUCACCAGGCUACCCCGGACUGGCAGCCAGACCACCACUUCUGGUCAGAACGCUUCUGAGCCAUUACACACCAAACUCUGCCAUUGAUCAAUUUGCCGGCGGCCACUUCACCCCUCCACAUCACCCCCAUCAACCUCAUCACCCUCACCACGGCCCUGACUCGGUGCCUCCAUCGCACACAACUUACAACCCUGCGCAAAAUACCAUAAACGACGCCACGGGGUCGGGUCAGGCCAUCACCAAUUUGUCCCUGGUGUUUCAUGGCAACUCUACAGAUAAUUCUCCAGCUACGUUUGCCAGUGACACCCAGGGCAACUACACACAGUCGCCAGAGGACCACUCUGCUCAGACAGAGAUGUACUCUGAGUUUAUCUUGGGUGAUGUUCGACUUCCGUUGAAGAAAGCCGACGAGCUUCACGACCGCUUCAUGAGCAAAUUCCUUCCUUUCCUUCCUAUCCUCACGUCUUCCUCUGCAACUGAGCUCUACACCAAGUCUCAGUUGUUGUUCUGGACAGUGAUGCUUACGGCUUCACUCUCAGAGCCUGAGCCCGGAUUGUACAUGUCGCUCGCGGUGCUCAUCAAGCAGUUGGCUAUCGAAACCUGCUGGAUCAGAACGCCUCGUUCCACUCACGUUGUUCAGGCUCUUAUCAUCCUUGCCGUGUGGCCACUUCCAAAUGAAAAAGUUUUAGACGAUGCUUCGUACCGCUUUGUCGGUUUAGCCAAAAACUUGUCCUUGCAGUUGGGUCUUCACAGAGGUGGAGAAUUUAUCCAGGAAUUUAGUCGAACGCAAGUCAAUUUGGGCCCGAAUUCCGACAUCUGGAGAACCAGAUCAUGGUUGGCUGUGUUUUUCUGCGACCAAUUCUGGUCCUCCGCUCUUGGGUUGCCCCCUUCUAUCAACACCACAGAUUACUUGCUUGAGAAUGCCAGAGUCGACCAAUCGUUGCCCGCAAACUUCAGAUGCUUGGUCUCCUUGUCAAUUUUCCAGUGCAAGCUUGUCAAUGUGAUGGGUAUUUCUGUCACGAGAUCAGAUGGCUUACUCGAGCCCUCUAAUCGUGCAGCUUCUCUCAACAUUCUUGAUAGAGAACUCGAAAGACUUAAAUUCAAGCUCAACAUCAUGGAAGGUUCUGCCAUUGAGAUGUACUACUUGUAUUUGCGUCUCAUGAUCUGUUGUUUUGCAUUCCUUCCAGGCACGCCUAUUGAAGACCAAGUAAAGUACGUCAGCACGGCUUAUUUGUCGGCUACAAGAAUUAUUACUAUUGCUUCGCAACUCGUUAGUGUCGACUACAUCUCCCUAAUCGAGCUUCCUAUUUAUGUCAGACAAGCGGUAAGUUACUCCGCUUUUAUGCUUUUCAAAUUGCACUUGUCAAGAUACCUCAUUGAGAAGUAUGUUGACAGUGCUCGUCAGUCUAUUGUGACGGUACAUCGUUUAUUCAGAAACACGCUAUCGUCCUGGAAAGACUUGCAGAACGAUCUCUCGAGAACUGCAAAGGUAUUGGAAAAUUUGAAUAUUGUGCUCUACACCUACCCAGAAAUAUUCUAUGAUGAUGAGAGCACUAGUACAGAAGGCAGUAUCAUUACACGAAUGCGUUCGCAUUUGACGGCCUCCCUUUUCUACGACUUGGUGUGGUCGAUUCACGAAGCGAGAAGAAGAACUUUGCAGGGCAAGGACAAUGAUGAAAAUGAGAGCAGAAUUAAAAUCAAGGAAGAAGAGGGCGUAAAGCGCCCAUUAGCUCUUCCUUUUUACAACCAAAUUACGAAGGAUGACUUCAAAACUUUGACCACGACAACGCCAAACGGAACAACAAUUACGACGUUGGUGCCAACGGAUCAGGCUCUUAAUCAAGCCAAACUUGAAAGCGAGAAUGGUCUGAAGAAAUCAAUGGAAAUCAACGGUGUCCCACUUGCCAUGCUAGAGGCCACUGGUAGUACGAAGGAUGUCGAUAGUAUCCGCAUUUCUAGCUUUGACCAAGGAACCAAGUCAAUAAGCGCUGAAAACGAACCUCAUCUUGAUAGAGGGUCGUUCACUGCCCAAGUGGGCCCAGGAACAGCCUUGUCGCUCGAAACACAGAAUCAACCGCAGCAGCCAUCCCUGGUCAUGAAACAGCUGCUGGAUCCUACACAUGGACAGCAAUUUGACCAGCAAGAUGUAUUGUCACAGCAAAAUUCCUUGGCCUACGAUGGACCUAUAUCGGGCUCUAGCGAAGCCCGAACUCCAGGAGCGGUCAAUCUACAAUACAGCACCAGUAUGGGAAGCGCUGGCAUGGCUGAUCAGCUUGACAACUUCUUCCAGCAGCAGUCGCAUGGGUGGCUUAAUAAUAAUCACCAGGACGAUGAUUUCCUUGGCUGGAUUGACGUGAACAUGCUUCCCGAAAAAUAA